AUCCUAGGUCGUUAAAUGCACAAAAAGCAAAGUGAAUACAGUGUCGCCAAUACCGAGCUACUUUCCACAGCUGCCAACGAGACUGAACUGGCGAAGUGCACAACUGCGGAGGCGCAUGCGCCGUCUUCUACGUCCUCGGUGACGCCAGUGCUCCCAGUGAAGUUUGUAAACGUGUGGGGAGGACCGAGUCCGGCGGUGUUACACAAGUUGUUUCACUUGUGUCAUUACAAAACGCCGCUUGGGCGUCUGUUUAAAACCUGCAGACACCUUCCAACAGGACUAAGAAUCCGGACCAUGGCACCUACAAUUCACGAUUGUUCCAAGGACUCAGGUGGGAGCAGCAUACAGGAUGAAGUAAAGGCGCUUCUACAGCACAGGAUUCUGGUACUGGAUGGAGGAAUGGGGACCAUGAUCCAGCAGAGAAAUUUGGAGGAGCAGGACUUCAGGGGAGAGGAAUUCAAGCAGCACCCUAAAAGCCUGAAAGGAAACAACGAUCUCCUGAGCCUAACACAGCCUGACGUUAUCUAUAAGAUUCAUCAGGAAUAUUUGCUGUCCGGAGCUGAUAUCAUUGAAACAAACACGUUCAGCAGCACAAGCAUAGCACAGGCUGACUAUGGACUUGAAGAUUUGGCAUACCGUCUUAAUAAAGUUUCGGCAGAGGUGGCCAGGAAGGCUGCCAGCGAUGUUGCUGCCCAGACAGGCAUUAAAAGAUAUGUGGCUGGAGCAAUUGGACCAACCAACAAGACUUUAUCUGUCUCUCCCUCUGUGGAAAGACCAGACUUCCGGAAUAUUACUUUUGAUGAACUGGUGGAAGCUUACGCAGAGCAGACCAGAGGCCUCCUGGAUGGAGGGGCGGAUAUUUUGCUAGUUGAGACCAUUUUUGACACAGCCAAUGCCAAGGCAGCGCUGUUUGCAAUUGAUAAACUUUUUGAGGAGCAAUAUGAGCCAAGACCCAUAUUUAUCUCAGGGACCAUUGUGGACAAGAGUGGACGCACCCUCUCUGGACAGACAGGAGAGGCCUUUGUCAUCAGCAUGUCUCAUGCCAAACCUCUGUGCAUAGGACUGAACUGUGCGUUGGGUGCAGCCGAAAUGAGGCCUUUCAUUGAAGCCAUCGGAAAAAACACAACCUCUUAUGUGAUCUGUUAUCCCAACGCAGGUCUUCCUAAUACCUUUGGGGAAUAUGAUGAAACUCCUGAAUUGACAGCAAAAAAUUUGAAGGAAUUCGCUGAGGAUGGGUUGCUAAACAUUGUUGGUGGCUGCUGUGGAACUACUCCUGCGCAUAUUCGGGCAAUUGCCGAUGCCGUGAAGCACUGCCAACCCAGAAUUCCUCCGUCUGCUCUGUUUCAAGACUACAUGCUCCUAUCAGGACUGGAGCCUUUCCGGAUCGGCCCUUACACAAACUUUGUCAACAUUGGCGAGCGCUGCAACGUUGCAGGGUCCCGGAAGUUCGCCAAGUUGAUCAUGUCAGGAAAUUAUGAGGAGGCACUCAGCAUUGCCAAGUCCCAAGUGGAGAUGGGCGCCCAGGUUCUGGAUAUUAACAUGGACGAGGGCAUGCUGGAGGGGAAGAGUGCCAUGACGCGCUUCUGCAACCUGAUCGCCUCGGAGCCCGACAUUGCCAGGGUGCCCCUGUGCAUCGACUCGUCCAGCUUCUCGGUGAUCGAGGCGGGGCUGAAGUGCUGCCAGGGCAAGUGCGUCGUGAACAGCAUCAGCCUGAAGGAGGGCGAGGAGGACUUCCUGCAGAAGGCGCGCACCGUGCGCCGCUUCGGCGCGGCCGUCGUCGUCAUGGCCUUUGACGAGGAGGGACAGGCCACUGAGACAGAGCACAAAAUCCAGGUUUGCACCCGAGCGUACAAUCUCCUGGUGAACAAGGUGGGCUUCAACCCCAAUGACAUCAUCUUUGACCCGAAUAUCCUCACCAUUGGCACUGGAAUGGAGGAGCACAACAUAUAUGCAAUCAAUUUCAUGAAAGCAACCAGAGUUAUAAAGGAAACGCUGCCAGGAGCCCGGGUCAGUGGGGGUCUCUCCAACCUGUCCUUCUCCUUUCGCGGGAUGGAGGCCAUAAGGGAGGCCAUGCAUGGCGCCUUCCUGUACCAUGCCAUCAAGGUUGGGAUGGACAUGGGCAUCGUGAACGCGGGGAACCUCCCGGUCUACGACGACAUUGACAAGCAGCUCCUGCUGCUGUGCGAGAACCUCAUCUGGAACAAGGACCCAGAGGCCACGGAGAAGCUGCUGCUCUAUGCCCAGAACCACGCCAAAGGGGGCAAGAAGGUGGUUCAGACGGAUGAGUGGCGAAGGGGCACAGUGGAGGAACGUCUGGAAUACGCGCUGAUUAAGGGCAUCGAGAAGUAUGUGUUAGAGGAUACAGAGGAGGCCAGAGCACAGAGCAGCAAGUACCCCCGUCCCCUGCAUAUCAUCGAGGGCCCUCUCAUGAACGGCAUGAAAGUAGUGGGCGACUUGUUCGGAGCAGGAAAAAUGUUUCUGCCACAGGUAAUUAAAUCGGCCCGUGUCAUGAAGAAAGCAGUUGGGUAUCUCAUCCCAUUCAUGGAGAAAGAGAGGGAAGAGAUGAAGGCAGCUUCUGGCAGUACUGAUGACAUAGAUCCCUACCAGGGUACAAUCGUGCUCGCCACCGUGAAGGGGGAUGUGCACGACAUCGGGAAGAACAUUGUGGGCGUCGUCCUGGGCUGUAACAAUUUCAGAGUGAUUGAUUUGGGGGUUAUGACUCCGUGUGAUAAGAUAUUACGCGAAGCCAUUGAGAAAAAAGCAGACAUCAUUGGCUUGUCGGGAUUGAUCACUCCCUCUCUGGAUGAGAUGAUCUAUGUGGCGAAGGAGAUGGAGAGGCUGGGAGUGAGGAUCCCCUUACUGAUUGGAGGAGCCACAACAUCCAAGACCCACACUGCUGUUAAGAUUGCUCCCAGGUACAGCGCCCCAGUGGUCCAUGUCUUAGAUGCCUCCAGGAGUGUGGUUGUGUGUUCCCAGCUUCUAGAUGAGAAUGUGAAAGAGGAAUUCUUUGAGGAAGUUACAGAGGAGUAUGAAGAUAUUAGGCAAGAUCACUAUGACUCACUAAAGGAUAGACGCUUUUUGUCUUUAGCACAGUGCAGGGAAAAGGGUUUCCAUAUAGACUGGCACUCCCACCCCAAACCAGUCAGACCCAGGUUCAUUGGUACUCAUGUGUUUGAGGAUUAUGACAUCCGCAGGCUAAUAGACUACAUUGAUUGGAAACCUUUCUUUGACGUUUGGCAGCUGAGGGGGAAGUAUCCAAAUAGAGGUUAUCCAAAAAUCUUCAAAGACAAAAGUGUGGGUGAAGAAGCCAGGAGAGUGUUUGAAGAUGCACAGAAUCUCCUGAACUCACUAAUAGUCAGCAAGAGACUGAGGACAGUGGGGCUGGUGGGAUUCUGGCCAGCUCAGAGUGUUGGUGAUGACAUCUAUGUCUAUGCCGACGAUGCAAUACCGCGCAGCAUGGAGCCAGUGGCAAAAUUCUUCGGGCUACGUCAACAGGCAGAAAAGGACUCCUCGAACUCAGAGCCAUACUACUGUCUCUCUGACUUCGUGGCACCAUUGCACAGUGGCAUACCCGAUUACAUUGGCGUGUUUGCAGUCGCUUGCUGUGGCGCUGAAGAGCUGAGCAGGGAGUUUGAGGAGCAGUGCGAUGACUACAGCAGCAUCAUGGUCAAGGCCCUGGCCGAUCGGCUGGCCGAGGCCUUUGCAGAAGAGCUCCAUAUGAGGGUUCGCAAAGAGUUCUGGGGGUAUGGCAGUGAAGAAAGCCUCCAUGCCGCUGACAUGCACAAGAUCCAGUACCAGGGGAUCCGGCCUGCCCCUGGUUAUCCCAGCCAGCCAGACCACACUGAGAAGAUGACCAUGUGGAGCUUGGCCAACAUGGCCGAGAAAACAGGAAUAGGAUUAACUGAGUCACUGGCUAUGACUCCAGCAGCAGCAGUCUCUGGACUUUACUUCUCCAGCCCUAAAUCAACUUAUUUUGCUGUGGGCAAGAUUACAAAGGAACAGGUCGAAGAUUAUGCUCUGAGGAAAGGGAUGCCGACAGCUGAAAUUGAGAAGUGGCUCGGGCCCAUUCUUGGUUACGAGACUGAAUGAAUCAGAGACCUUUUCUUCAUAAAGCAUACAUUAACGUUGAAUAUACUUCUUGACCUUAUGUAUUAUGGAACUAGACAUCGUUUGCGGUAGAAGGAAGACUGUUCUGACCUGAUGGUUUUUUAACGGUUUGAACACGGAACAAUUAGGGCGAGUACUGGACUUUUUUCUCAAUUCCACUAGCAAUGGUUUACAUAAAAAAAAUCCACGUUUGAAGAAAAUGUGUUUUUUCCAUGUGGGUUUCUGGUUUCUUUCAUAUGGGGUCCAAAGAUAAAUUGAAAACAAAGUAACAGUUUCUUGAAACAGCUGUAGGGCAUCUGAGGAAUAGCAGAGCUUUGUCUUUUUGCAGUCACAUAGUUCAAGCCUUCAAAUUCAGGACAGUGAGUUGCCUCUACGGUACUGAUUGAGACAUGACUGUGUCUCUUGUGGUCACAUUGCCUGUUUUCAGAGUAAUUUGUUUUUUGAGCCUGAGAUCAGGACAGACAUGACAUUAUGAGUUCCCUUGAUAGUGGCUGAGGCAGAACACAUGCUUUCCUUCAAAAAUCUUAGCCUGGUAGGCAUUUUUUUCACAGGUUGUCCAAAUCUUCAUGUUUAAUAUUAAACUUUUUUUCUGUUCCUUGUG